AGAGGAUAGAGAGAGAGGGAGGGAGAGUGAGAGAGUUUUCCCCGGGAAAGAUAACGAAGCAGGAGGUGUGUUGUGUGCAGUGUGGUGUGGUGUGCUGUGGUGCUGUGUAUGCGUGUGCAGGAGUGUGAGGAGUGCCUUAGUAGGAAGGGGCAGUGGUGGAUACUGGCUGCGUUGCGCACACACACACGUCCGCACCGGAGAGUGAGGACCAGCAGAGUCCAGGUGAUUGUGGCCCGGAGGGAGAGAAAGAGGAGGCCAUGCCAAACGCUCCCAGACAGAACCUGCCUAACUGUUAUUCUCUCUGCCCGGGGCGGGACCCGCACCUCUGUCACCUCACCCAGUAAGCACAACCAGUUCAAACACACAGUUCCAAGACAUACUCAGACGAGACCUUCGGAGGGCGAGCUCAACUGGACCUAAGCUGAAGUGUCUAAACAAACCAACUGUCAGCUUCUUGGGCCCCUGAGUGAAAGAACGCAGACUCCAGAGCAAAACCAUCCAGGACCCAUUUGUUUCUCUCAGUGAGGCACAGACACAAAGGGAUUAUAACAAAGGGCAUAUGCUGGAAAAAUAAAUACACGCUAAAGAAGUGACUCAAGAAUAACAUUCAGUGCUCACUGCGCUCUGUCUUUCUGCAUGACUGGAACAAGCUUUGCUUCCCCCCCCCCCCCCCCCCUCCUUCUUGCUCAGAGCACUAAUGAACUAAGGGGAAGAUUGAACAUUGUUGUACCGUGAUGACAUUUUAAGGAACAAGAGCUUCUUGUGUCCUGAAAGAAAAAUAAUCUGGCCGCCUGAGAUUACAAUUCCGUGUCAGGAUAGACUAUGUUUUGGUGCCGGAGAUAGGAGACGAGUGGGAAGAAUGUCUGGAUUGGACUUUGAAGACAGAAGUAGACAGAAGUAGAAAAAAAAUCCCAAACAAAACAAACGAAAGAAAAAAAUAAAAAUACUGGAUGGUGUUUCAGCAUUUACUGGAUUUGCAGUGGAGCGCAUUGCAAUUGUGAAAUUUACUUGGCAAGCCUCCAUGGGAACCCUUCCAGUGAGCAAGGGGGAGCGUCUCUUGGGAGGUCCUAUUAGCUUUUAGACGACAUUGUGUGGAAGAAAGUAAAAGUGUGCCUCGUGGUCAGUCAGCGUCUUUCCCACCCCUGCGGACGGACGAGGGGGAGACUGGUCGUGACAGAGCAUGUUCUCGUGCGAGGGGGGAGCUCAGAUGGAGGUCUGAUCCUGUCGUUCACUCGUGGGUCCUGUUGUGUUUUUCUAGUUUCACAUCUCUCCUUCAGCCAGCGGAGCCAAAAGCCCUCCCUUCUCUUGGGCUAAACUGACCACCCUCAAGACAGAGCGAGGGAGCAACAGAGACUGAGACCACAGUGGAUGCAGUGGACAGCCUUGGAGUGGACAGAGCCUUCAAGGUGCUUGUAAGAGAGUGCUCUGUGCUUGUAUAAAACAAAAAAAGCCAAGACCUCCCCCUUCCUCGUCCAGCUUCUAUCCUUCAGCACAGGACGUCACUGAAGAUGGAGGCCAGGGGUCAUGAGCCCCUCAGGAGAGGGGUCAGCUGGGGUGGAGUGGCCCAGGGCCCCGGUACCGGCCCAGGGAGCCUUGGCUACGGCCGGGGAGUCCGGCAGGGGAUGGGGCAGGCAGGGACGAGCCCAACUACCAACAGCUGCAAGAGGGACGACCACAGCUGGGUGAAAGGGAAGCAAGCCGUGACCUCCGCUGACAGUCAACUUGGCCGAAAAACAAACCUCAGCAGAAGUGCAAGUCUCUCUGAGAAAGAGCUGAAGGAGGCCCGAACGAGGAGUCAGAUCAUCGCUGCCCAGCUCUCUGUACCGUCCAACUCGCGGGGUGUCCAACUCUUCAACCGCCGCAGGCAACGAGUGAACGCUUUUACGAAGGUCAGCUUUGGCGAAGGAGGAGGAGGAGGAGGAGGAGGAGGAGAAGCGGAGGAAAGUGAGGGAAGGGGAGAAGGAAUCGGAAUAGAGAGAGAGUCCAAGAGUGAGAACUUCGGCACGUCGCCUCGGAGCUCAGAGCUAACAUGGGAAAAUAAGUGUACCAUUGAGAGCAAGGACAGAGAUUUAAACCGCGAAAACAGCAAGGCCAAACUGCCUUGGUCGUCGGGCACGCUCGACUCGAACAGGGGAAACAGCAUCAUGGAGGAUCAGGGUGAAUCAGCCAUCCGUGAGGUGGAGGACGUUGAUGGCGCACAGGAGAGACAUUUUCUGCCCGUCAAGGAGAAAGAGGAGGAGGAGGAGGAUCUCUCUGUGGAGCCCGUGGAUGAACUGAGGGAUGAAAUGGCUGUGAGGGACGACAGUAACCGUGCAGCUCAGGCCAUUGCUGGCCAAGGGAAAGCCAAGGUCAACGGGGCGUACGCCGGAGACUCUGUGGAGACGCCUGGCGAGAUGCCGAACGGUUGUCAUGACACCCCGAGCAAACCCUUCACGCCGGUGGCCGCGCAGUCGUCAGCCACCAUCGUCAACAGGACGGCUCGGCCGUUUUUUUCACCCAGCACUGUGCAGAGAUCCCCAGCGCCCAGUCCAGCGAUGGACAUCCCCCCGGCCCCUUCUUACUCCACGCCUCCCCGCCCGGCGUUCCCUGAGCCUCCCACCCCCACGUACACGGUCGAGCCGCCCCCGGGUGCUUUCUCAGAGCCGCCCCGGUCGGGGCCCCCCAGGCCCACCUUCUCCCCUCCUCCUCCUGCCCCAUCGUACCCGACCCCCCCACUGCCAUCUUACAGCAGCCCCCCUCCCCUGGCCGUGAUGACCGGUCCCUCCCCGGGACCUCCGCCGGCGGCUCACUACAUCCCCCAGACCGCCCCGAAGCCCACCUACAUCCCCCAGAUGCUGACGGAGAGGCGGCCGCAGACCCCGAUCCGAACGGGCAUCCUGGACGAGGGCGUGGUGCGGCGCAACACCCGCAAGUCCAUGUUCACCUUCCAGGAGAAGCCCAAGAUAGCGCCCAACCCGGAGCUCCUGUCCCUGGUGCAGGGUGUGGACGAGAAGAAGAAGCAGAGGCCGGUGGCGGUGGCGGUGGCGGCGGCGGCGGAGAGCGUGCCCGAGGAAGAGCUCCUGGCCCUGGGCGCCGAGGCCUCCAACUUCCUGGCCAAGGAGGAGGAGGAGGAGGAGGAGAGGGAGAGGGUGGUGGAGAGCGCGGCCCCUGCUUGGUCCUCGAGCCUGAAGAGCUCCAGGGCGGCUGCCAGAGCGGAGCACAAGCCGGAGCACAAGCCGGAGCAGGCGCUGACCAACGCGGCGGGGAAGGGCGCCGAGCUGUUUGCCAAGAGGCAGUCCAGGAUGGAGAAGUACGUGCUGGACAACACGACGAGGAGAGACGGACAGAUAAGGUCUCCCUCCCCGACCAUGUCUCUGCCCCCCUCCUGGGUGUAUCAGUCGAACAUGCCGGGCCGCGUCAAGGCCAUUGCCAACGCCUCCAACGUCAGCGUGGAGAUCUCGAAAACUCUCAAGGCGCAGCAGGCCACUCAGAAGAGGAACUUUCCGGCGUACGGUGCUUCGGCCUCCGCCGCGUCGCGGGCUCCUCCGCUGGCCACCCCGCCGAGCGCCGUCCUGGAGAACGGCUGCACCAGGAUGGAGAUGGAGCUCUCCAGGCACCAGCCCUACCAGCUCAACUCCUCACUCUUCAUCCUCAACCCCACCAAGGAUCCUGUGAGCUCGCUGCCGCGGGGCGCUCCGCCGCCCAAGCCGGUGGUCACGGGGUCGUCCUACAGCAGGCAGACGUCGCUGCCGUCGAGCGUCCCGUCUCAGUUCAGCUCCCCGGUCAGCUACAGGCCGGCGUGCUUCUCGCCGCCGCUCCCUCUCAGUCCCAGGGAGGUCUCGUCACCCGUGGUGGCCUUCACUCCGGAGCGGGUCGCUUCACCGCGUUCGAACGUCCAAGCGCCCAGACCCACGUUCUCUGCCCGGAAGGCAGGGAUCGAAGCACAGACCAAGAAGGAGACCCCAGCCACGCCAACCGCAUCCAGGACCCCCACCAUGACCAGGAGGUUCAGCAGUCCAGAAGGCCCAACAAAUUUAGUGUGGUCUCCCACCCCCUCCAUAACGAGCGCCCCCUCUCCCAGACCCAUCCAUCGGGCCAUGACCACCUCCCCUGUGUCGCCGCUGUGGGAGACCAGGUGUCAGUCGCCCAUUGUCAGUCAGGACACGAAAGCCAACCACCGACUGCUGGCCAAGAACAUCAUCAACGCGGCCAAGCGCAAGAACAGCCCUUCCCCGGGCGCACUGAGCAGCCACGGGCUGCCCAUCUCGCCCCCUGGUGGUGGAAGCGGUGGUGGCAUCGGAGGGGGUAUCCUGUCCUUCGAACACAAACCCCUGAGCCCCUUUCAGCCCCGUUCGUUGGGUAGUCAGUCUCCCACGUUCACCAGCCCGCCGCCAACACCCACGCACAUGAUCCGCUCGCCCGUGCGCCUCUACAACACGCGCUCCCUCACCGACUCCGACGCGUCCGUGGAGUCGGAAGAUUCCGGAAUGCGUUCGCCCGGUGUGCGCACCUACAACACCUGUCCGCGCGGGUGGGGAGGUAGCCUGAGGAUAAAGAGGGGAAACGUCUCUGCCGACCUGUAGAAAAAUCUGAAAAAACAAAUCGCCUGUUUUUUUAAAAAGGAAAAAACAAGAACGUGUUUCUGUCUUCAGUUCAAAUCAGAAUGAAUGGCUUUAUUUUUUGACCCUGCAACAUUGAAUGUACGGCUGAAUAAUUUGGCAUUAAAAUAGCAGUUGAAAUUGGAUAGUGCUCUGGCACAUUUCUGGCAACUGUGUGCAGUUAUGUAAGCAUUGAUUAUACAAUGCUAAUACAGAUAAGCCCGAUGAGGCUCACUAAUUGCCUCGCACCUGGCUGCAAUUUUCAUCAGUUCAGAAAUGGCUUUUAAAAGAGCUUGCAAAAAUGGACAGACCAAAUUAUACCAAAGAUGCCACUUUUGGCUCUUGGGACCAAAUAACUCGUUUGUAUUCCUAUAUGCAGUAUCUCUUAAAACAGUGUUACAUAUUGCCUUCUUUUUCUUUUUCAUUUUGUUCACCUGCAUUUAUAAAUGUUCAAAAUGUUCCACAGUCUUUUUUCUCUUUUUAACUUUGCCUUUGGGUGUGUGUAUGAAAGUAAAGAAAAUAGAACUGCAGUGUAUUGACGUACGACCUGUAGAAAGGUGAGAAAAUGCAGUGAUUGGAAGACAUUGGGAAUCGAAGGGAUUCAGGGCAAUGUAAAUAUGUAAGUUACGGCCCUAGUCUUAGUCUAGCACAUUGAUGAUCAUGAAGGGGGACAUACUGUAAUUGAUCAUAAAUAAUAAAAGCCUCAAGGUAAUCAAUUCUCCUCUGCAAACAUUUCCAUACCUGGCAGAGCAGGGCAGAGGAGAGAAUGGAGCAGCAGGGAAUACUAAUGUCAGCCGCUCUGAGGAACAUUAAUAGUCCCCAGCUUAACUAGGAAUAAGUACACGCUGGUAUUUCUUGUAACUGUCCAGUGCAAUACUCAGAUUGCAACACCGGUAUGCAGUGUAUGUUAAUUAAAUGCAGGUUUGUUUUACUGAAUGUGUAGUGUUUGAGAUACAAGGAGGUAAUGUUGUAGGACAAGUGGUAUGUAAAAGAGUGUCACGUAUGUGUAGUAAUUGAAUGUUGACUGCCUGAUCGAUCACAAGCUGUACAGUACUUGAUUGUAAUAACAAUGUUUCACUGAGACAGAGAGAUAGUAACACACUAUUUCUCACAUAUUAUUGGUUUGCAAAUGGGGGUGGCCGAGAUUGCAUUUCUAUUCUGUGGGUUUUACAGCAGAGAGUUGGCAACGCUUUAUAUGACAUAAACCUGAUACUCUGUAACCAUACCAUUCAAUGCAGUGUAACAGCGAUUAUCACUGUGUAACAACACAUUGAUUAUCUGUACUUAUACAACUCUAGCCUUAACUGUACAUUAUGCGCAAAGUAUCAAUACCCUGUUGAUCACACUGUACUUAAUUUAGUUACACUGUAACAAGGGCUAUUUAAUAUAGAGAUUGACCAAAGAUUUUUUUGAGUGCUCGCAAUGCAUUUGCAAAUAUGACAGUGACAGAUAAGAGUAUGUUAAAAUGGUUUGAAAUGGUACUAGUUGUCAGAUUAUUAUAGAAUAAGUCUUACUGGAUAUAAUCCACACAGGUGCACAUGUUAGCUUUUUUAUCAUUUAUUUUUUAAAGAGAUUAACUUUUGCACUUCAUUACUCAAUUAGAUGGCACAAAAUACAUAGACAGACCAGCUAUAGUCCACAAACACAAGUCAUAAAGCCUUCAACUCCUAUGUGAUAUUUGAUUGCUUCGACUCUGUAUACAUUUUUUUUUCUAAGCCAAUUUGCACCACAUGAUAAUAAUUUCUGCAUCGGCGUCUGCUGGCACAGAUUGUGUUUCCUCCCCCGGUGUCUUAUGUCCCGUCUCAGUCUCAAUGUCUUCUCGUGGGCAACGGGAUCACAGAACAUGAGAAAAACAGCUAUCAUCCUCAGUUGUGGCAAACCAUUGGCACCUUGUGCCGGUGCCUCCGCAGAUUUCUGAGUAUUUACAUGUGGGCAUACUUUGAUUGACGGAGACAGACACCAGCUGCAUAUAGUGACUUUGCACCUUUGACUAGAAUAGCCUUCUUAGUGCCUUGGCUGCCUCUUCAGCCUUCUUCUUACCCUGGGCAAUCCUUUAGGUGACCCUGAGGUGUGGAGAAAUUGUAUCACCAAUAAGAAUCGCUUAUUUCUUUUUGUUUUGUUUUGUUUUAAAAUAGUGCUUACUGCCACAACUGUUCUCAUUAUAUACCCUUACCAUUUGGAUGCUGUUAUUUAAGUAAACACAAAAAUAAAAGUGUUGGCACUUGUA